AUCCAACUGUUUUUGGUUUUGUAUAACACUUUGUUUGCAUUGUUUUAGGUAUACCAAUCCAUACAUUAAUGAAACUCUAAUCUAUCUAAACCCCAGGAUGACAACCAAUGAUGACGAGCAGCAGAAAUUGACUAUUCUUUCCUGGAAUGUAAAUGGUUUUAACCGCAAAAGGUGUGAGGUGCUUCAUCAUUUAAAUCUCCUGAAGGCAGAUGUAGUGUUUCUGCAAGAAACUCAUGUGGGUCCUGAUCGAAUCUACUCAACGGGGAGCAUCAAAUAUCAAGAUUUAGAAAAUGAUUACAUGGCCAUGUUCACUGUAUUUAAAGGAAGCUCCCGAGGGGUGGCCAUCUUGUUCAAAAAGAACCUGGGAUGUGGUGGUUUCAGUGUCAACGGUGACGAAAAGGGAAGAUUCAUGAUCAUCUCAUGUCAAAUUUGGGGGCAUGACUUUGUGUUUAUUAAUGUGUAUAACUCGAGUGAUGACAAAAUUACGUUUACAGACUUCUCCAAAUUUUCAACCUGCAUCCCGUCCACCGCGUUUCUGGUGGUAGGUGGUGAUUUUAACACCGUGAUGGAUGCAGGCCUUGAUAAAACAUCAAAUCUGCGAAACCGAAGUCACAGAAAAUCACUCAGUGCUCUCCAAAGAUUUCUGGAAACUUUCGGCCUGGUGGACGUCUGGCGAUGUCUUUAUCCUGAAGUAAAAAGCUUCACUUAUUUUGGUGGGAAAAGUCAGUCGAGAUUGGACUACUUCUUCCUGAAAAGUCACAAUAUAUCCUGCAUAGCUGCUUGUAGCAUUCACAAAAGGCCAAAGCACUCUGAUAAGGAGGAGUAUGUUUCUGAUCACGCCCCAUUGUCCAUUCAAAUUCAGAUAGAUGGACCGAAAUGGCAGUUCGAUUCUUGUCUUCUUGAAGAUGAAACGUGUAUGGAGCAACUCUCAAACACAAUAAGGAAAAUUUCAAGAAUUAAUGCACAUAAGAAAGAAUAUCUGUGGCCAGGAUUGAAGGUUAGACUUGUAUGUGAGGCAGUAGCUUUGCAGAGAUCUCACCUCAAACCAUCAUGUUCAGAAACUGCAGAAUUUCCUCAAGAGAUGGACCAAGGAGCUUUUUCAGAUGCAGAAUCAUCCAUUGAGGCUCUUCACACAGCAAAAACAUCAAGCCUUCUGAACUUUUUGAAUCAUUUACACCAAACUGAGAGAUUUGAUGACGUAAAAUCCACUCUGAUUACCGUUCUAAACGAAUACAUUUCGAAAAAAGAAAUUCUGGAUGCAAUACUCUCUCUGCCUCAGUCUGAGAGUCCAUCAGUUGAUGGGCUAACUGUGCAUUUCUAUAAGCAUUAUGCUUGUAAAAUUACUGACCUGUUACAAGUAUUUUUCAAUCAAAUCUUCGACUCGGUUAAACACUCAGUUAUUGACUCACCGAAUCCACAAAGAGAUGAUCAUUCAUACAGCUGUAAUAUUCAAUAUCACUGCAGUCCGAUGACAAUAUUUAACGUGGACUAUAAAAUUCUGGCUGUGAUUCUAGCAGAGAGGCUGAAUGGUGUUAUUGAACACAUUUUAAAUCCAGGUGAACCAAGCGAACCACACCGUUUGAUUAAACACAACAUUAAUCAAAUCCCAAUGCUGAUUAUUGCAUUACAACUCGAUCCAGGUGCCCUGAAAUGGCCAUUUCUGUUUAAUAGCUUAAAGUCUGUGAACCUACCUGACAAAUUUAGAUCUGUGUUGAAGCUGUUGUUGUUGGCAGAUCAUAACAGAUCUCAGGGCCUGAGGGCAGGGUGUCCAUUGACUCCUUUAUUAAUCAGCAUCUGCCUUCUUCCUCUCAUUAACUCUGUUAACCGUGAGAACAGACCUGAAGUCCAAGGAGAAAACCUAAAGUCAGUCAUUGAAAAAAACACAGCCGUAAUUUUGCUUCCUAAUUCUAACGAGGCUUUAGGUGGUUUUGAAACAAUGCUAAGCGAUUUUAUUGAGACGUCAGGGUUUAUCGUUGACAAAAGAAAUGAGGUUUUCAUACCUGGUUUUUCUGGUUUGAUUUAGUCAAAGGCAGCUUACGCUUUUUAAGAAACGGACAAUGGAUUUUGUAGUUUAGAAAGUGGUUGUAAGGUCUGAAUAAUGAUGAAAAAAUAUGUUACGAUUCAUUCGCGUGUUUUCAUCGAUUAUCUGUGAGGCUGACGACAUUCCAUAAAUUAAUCAUUUGCAUAUAUUAAGAAUCACCUCAACUUUGACUGUUGCAAAGAGUAUAGAAUCACCAAGAGGCGACACUUUCUUGCUAUUUGGCAAACAGCUGUUAGAUGCCGCUACUGUCAUUUUGGAAUAAAAAUGAAAAACAACAGCACUGAUAUGAAUUAAUCAAAAUAUUGAGUUAAAUUUGAGUUAAAAUGUUAUACUAAAUAUAUAAAUGAGUAUGGCAUAAAUGAGUAUGGCCUUCAUGAUUUUCAUUAAAAGCAGCAAGACUUCUAUGGAUGGAAUGAACAAGCUGGCUACAUUUUGCUACAUCUAUCUUUUCUAAUCUUCAAGAGUUGCUCAAAGAGAUGCUCAACUUACUAUCUCUUCAGAAUUACUCAUUUGUGUUCAAUUGGAUUUAGGAGACAUUUAUAAUAAUAUAUUAACAUAUUUUACAUAAAAGCUUUAUUAGUCUUUCUUUAACAGACAACACAAUACUAAACUACACAAUACAGACAAAAAAUACUAUUAUAACAUAAUACUGCAACAAAAAGUGUAGUCAGUCUGUUAGCUACAUCUCAUUUUGAAAGUCAUGCUAAUUUAAUUUAACAUGUCAGUAGUAAUUCAUGCUAGUGCGUUAACUAUUAAAGUUAAUUAUGGUUAAUUUAUGAAAAAUUAGGUCUGUAAAAUAAACUAUUAAAAGUGCUGAUGAUCACCAGUCUUCUGACUGUACGUGUUGUAUUGUCGUAUAUAAUGCGCUUUUUAAAUAAAUAAAUAAUAAACAAAGCAGCUGCUUGCCAGCGCAACAGCAGUCAGAUCAGCCCCCCAUGAACAUUUUCAUGUAUUUACAUCAAUAUGUUGCCCGUUUUAUUAAUUGCAGUUAUUUUAUUUCACCAAAACUACACACAUUUUAUACUGUGAAAACAAAUAUUAAGCUUCAUCAGUAGUUAAAACGAUUCAGUUUGGCGAAACAGUUGUAUUAUUACCUCAUCAGCUUCAGCUCCUUAAAAUAAUGAAUGCUGAUGACAGUGCAGUGGACAGAUUUUGACAAGUCCCACUCCCACCUGCCGGUUGAAACAGGUACUGCUGAACAGCUGACUAUAUACCCCACACAAAAGCUGCAUUAAGUGGAAUGCGCGUGAUGUAGCCUAUUUUGUAAUUUUAAGUACUUGCAUAACAAAAUAAAUGUUUUACAACCUGUUUUUAAGUGCAGCAUAUUUUAAAAGAUCAGGGGCUUUUGACAAUACAUCAGAGGGCUUAAGCCCCCCAAGCCACUGAAUCAGAUCCAUUGGACCGAUCGCUUUCACUCCAAAAUGGCCGAACCGCUCUGCUGUUGCAAUAGACCACAGGUGUCAAACUCAGUUCCAAAAGGGCCGCAGCUCUGCACAGUUUAGUUCCAGCUCUAAUUAAACACACCUGAUCAAACUAAUUGAGUCCUUCAUGCUUGUUUGAAACCUACAGGUAAGUGUGUUGGAGCAGGGUUGGAACCAGGGGCGUAGCACCAAUAAUAAUUGCAAUAAUUUGACCAUAAACAGCUGAAAAAAUUUAUUGGAAAUAAAAAUGCAUUCUCUGUCACAAGGGGGGCGCUUUAGGAGCGCUGAAAUAUUAGGGUUUCCCUAGUAAUGACUGUACACAAAUCAGCAUUAUACUGUAUGCGACCCAAAUGGUCGCAAUUUCGAGCCCUGCAUUAGCAGCAGCUGUCUGGAGUUGACUAUGUUAACUUUAAUUAGAUGUAGUUUCAUAACAAGCAAACUCAGUUCACCUUUUGAAAAGAAAGCAGACAUUUGCUGCUUCCCCUCAUUCUGCCUCCUUUCUUUUUCCUUCCUGUCUUUCUUUUUUUGAAAGCCUGAUUUGGGCUUUUUGCGCAGCAUGAUCAGGCUCUAGACUCACUGCGUUACUUGUUUGCUGCCGGCUGCCGUCUAUGGGCGGACUAAACCAUUCCGGGGGUGGGGGGGGUGUUAUCAAUAUAUUUUGAAAUAAAUAAUGACAUUGACAUCAAUUGGAGGGGCCAAUUAAUUCAAAGAAGGCUACAAAAUAAUAAUAAUAAUUAAAAAUUGGUUGGAUUUCAAAGGGCCCUCUCCCUAGACGGGGCCCUGGGUAGUCAGGUCCACUUUUCCACCCACUACCACGCCCAUGGUUGGAACUAAACUGUGCCGGGCUUCGGCCCUCCAGGAAUUUAGUUUGACACCCCUGCAAUAGACCGUUCUAUCAAAGAGCUUAGAAUGUCAAUGACCUGAACUCUGUGCUCUUUGGUUCUGUUGAGUGUCGCCUCUUGGUGAUUCUAGCUCUUUGGCUGUUGUCAGUUUGGAAUUCACUCUCUGAUUGAGUCGACUCUCAUGAACUAAUUAAAAUAGCUAAAAAAAUGCAGAUAAAACGAGACGUUAUGAUAAACCAUGUAAAAUACACUAUUAUGAAUUAAUAUAAAUACCUAAAAUAUCACUGUGUUACUUUAGUUUAAAACUGUAUUUAUUAUUAAUUUAUUUUUAAAUGGUGCUAUUCUAUUAUACUUUUCGCCACCCACUGGUAUUUUGGUGUAACAUACAUAAUCAGAAUCGGCUAUUGCUGAAGGUCUAAUGAAUCUAUUUUACUGGUUCUGGCUUUUUAAGGGCAAGUUGUAGUUUGAACAUCUUUGUAAUUAAAUCAUAAAAAUCAAGACUAGAGUUACUGCUUUAAGUCAGUGAGUCAUCGAAAUAUAGUUCAUGUCCUUUUGAUUUUCAAAAAGUUUUAUGUAGGCCUACAUUUCAAGAAAAUGCAACAGUUUAAUGUAUUUUUGUGUGAAAAUAAAACACCAAAAUAUCACUGAAA